UGUUGUUCGAAUAGCAAAUAGCAGAGGAGGGUCUAGCACUCCGGCCUCCUGGCUGGAGAAGGAGGCUGACAAUUAUUGCAGGAAGGGGGCGAGGCAACAUGCAAGUAGCUAAUCGGGUGAGGAGAACAGAAGAGUGGAGCGGCCCAUCCUUUUUCGCCUCGAUAGGAUAAUGUCAAUGUCAGUCCUAUACAGAUUGGAGAAGGAUGUUGCAAGUCCAAGCUGCAUCUGGGGUUCUGAUUGGUGUGGAUGCUGUCAAUCACUUCUCCCGGGCUGCGGCUGGCUUGUCGUUUCUUUGGAGCUUGGUUGAGGACAGUAACGCGAAUGAGUGAGAAGUGGAUUAACUGGAGUCACUUUAACAAGCAGCAGCCUGCAACGGGACCGAUUCAGGCAAAAGGGGUCAAAAUUUUCCUAAAAUAACACCAUUCGGGACAGUAACCAACAGUAACAAAAUAUUCUUGAGCACCCAGCGUAUCGCGGAGUGAAGACAUUACGGCAUUUUUUUUAGAAAAACGAUAUUUUGUACAAUUAUUUUAAAGAAACUAUCCUGUAUUAAAGGAUCUCGCCAUGUCGUCCUCACAACCAGCGUCUCAAAGAGUGCGGCGCAAUGGAUCGCCUACUUCGAACCGCCUGCAGCCCAUUAGGGCCACUGUGCCCUUCCAGCUGAGACAAGGCAAUAACAGCCCGACCCGCUCCUCCUCCUCAUGCAGCGGCGGCGGCAGCAGCUCACCGGCGGCGGCGUCAGCAUCAACAAGCACCUCGACCUCAACAGCAGCCACAUCCACCACCUCCAACGGACAGAAACUUUCCCCGACCUCGUCACCCACCUCCUCGCUCUGGGCUCCGACUGCAGCUGUCGUCGCCGUCGACGGACGCGUGAGGCACAGACGGUCUCCUGACAGCAGGAGUUCACCUGAGAGAAGGAGCCCCAGCUCUCCUGUUUAUAAAGUUGAAAGGUCCAAAUCACAACAGAUGAGAACCUCAAAUACCAUUCGACGCACCUCAUCUCUAGACACCAUAACAGGACCUUAUCUCACAGGACAGUGGCCACGUGAUCCCCAUGUGCAUUAUCCUUCAUCCAUGAAAGAUAAAUCUACACAGCAGCCCAGCUGUUUUUGGUCAGAUGAAGGAACAGAGAAGAAAACCACACAUCAGCGCUCUGCUUCAUGGGGAAGUGCUGAUCAGCUGAAAGAGCAGAUUGCCAAGCUGAGGCAGCAGCUCCAGCGCAGUAAACAAAGCAGUCGGCACAGUAAGGACAAGGAACGUCAGUCUCCACUCCACGGCAAUCACACUGCUAUCAAUCAGUCUCAGGCUUCUGCAGUACGAUUCAUCACAGGUCCAGCAUCAAACAUAACAGUUUCAAAAUCUGCAAUUUCACGGGUCCAGAACAGUGUUGAAGGCAUCAAUCAAGAGAUAGAAAGAAUGUUUAUUAAAGACAAUGGAGAAAAGGAGGAACUAUCCCGGCCCCUGGAGAUUCCUGAUGGCCACCGAGCACCUUUCCCUUCCCACUACCGCAGCAGCAGUACUCGCAGUAUUGACACACAGACACCCUCUGUCCAAGAGCGCAGCAGUAGCUGCAGCAGCCAUUCACCAUGUGUCUCCCCCUUCUACCCCACUGGAUCUCAGGAGGGAAGCCCAUGCUCAGCAGAAGACCUUCAAUAUGACAGGGAAAAAGACAGUGGGAGUAACUCGCCCCUCCCCAAAUAUGCUUCAUCACCCAAACCAAACAACAGCUACAUGUUCAAACGAGAACCCCCAGAGGGAUGUGAGAAAGUGAAAGUCUUUGAGGAAAUGUCGUCUCGUCCUCCGAGCUCCGUCCCUUUGUUUUCCUGUCCUGACAGAAACAAAGUGAACUUCAUCCCAAAAGGGACAGCCUUCUUUCCUGUGAGUAUUGUCAGCCGACCUCUGUUUUCCACCUCUGACCUGAUGCUGAAGAAUUCAUCAAUCUCUGGCUUCAGUCCCAGCCUAGCAUCCAGCACUGUGAUUGCUGAGCAGUUUUCAUCUCAGGUCUCAUUCUCACCUUUGUCAGAUGACACCAGCACAAUGGACUCUGAAGCCUUGGCGCAGCAGCCGUCACGUCAGCAGCAGCAGCUCCACGAGCCUCAACCUGAAGAACUUUCCUCUGCUCAGAGCUUUGUGAUAAUCUAGCCCCCUGCCCCCUGAGGUGGAGCAGGCCUCUGCCCUUGCGUAGGGGUAGUCUAUAUAUCUGAUUGUCUGCAUGGAGUAUCACCUGCAUUCUGAACAAAGGUUCUUAGAAUUUUAGCAUAUCUUACACUGUUCUUGGCAGGGAUAGAAUUCCUCUUUUAGGGAAUGUUUGUGAAAAGCAAUGAUGCUUGCAAGACACAUGCUUUCAUAUAAGUGGUUUAAAUGCAGACUAUGCAUAACAUGGUACAUUUGGAUGGAUUAGUACUGUUGUCCUGUAUUCCGUUCCAUCUCCUACAGUAAGAAUAAGCUCUAUAUAUUAAAGAAAAAUGCCUGUCUAAAAGAUAGAAAAAAAUAGAUGUUGUGUUGCGUUAUGUCCAAUGGAGAAAAAAAAUAUUAUGUUUACAAACAAUCCAGGUUGUUUAAGUUUAUAAAUUCUUGUAACACAUACAAUGCAAAAAAGAAAAAAAUGGCCACAACAGUUGCACAGUGCCCACCCAAUGGCCUAGCUUCAGGUACUUCAGUUGAAGUCUAAACUCAGGUAAUUUGGAAUGUAUAUCCGCAUAGGAUUUUAAUGAAUUUGUGGCUGAACAAGCUAAUGGGGAGUUUAGGGUAAGCAUCACUCUUGCCUUUCCUUUUUUUGUACAUUAACCUUUCCUCAUUACAUUCCACUUUCUUUAAAUAGAAGUGCAUUCUGAUCCAGGGAAGACCUGGAUGGGGGUGAAUAUUAAAGAACCAGCAUUACUGUGAUGUCUGACAUCACUUGUUUUAGUGGAUGUUCGGUCAAAAAUUACAUAAACCUUUGUUUUGAGAAGUAUCAGCGUUUUGUAUGACAUUUCAGAAUUUAAGAAAAUAAAGUUUCAGGUGUUGAAGACUGUUAAGCUGUUAAAAAUACAGUAAAGUGUUGAAUACUGGGCUGUAUCUAAGAAACAUUCCAUGUUGUGAAGAGAUCUCAAUGAUCAAAUGUUUAAGUCACAUAACCGGGCUCUUCAGGUUCUUGUGUUAGAAAUGUUCCCUUUUCUAUGUGUGAAGUUUAGAAUUGGCAGAUACACAAAGUAAAAUGCUAUUACAAAGAUGAAGUAAAAUUAAUGUUUAGUUUCUCAUCUUGACUCCACCUUUUAGGUUAAACCCCUCGUUUGCACAAUUUCCUGUGACUACUGUUAGGAAGCUUUUCUUUUAUAGAGUAUUUUAAAACAGUGGUAACUUAGCUAGUAUUUAUUUAAAGAAAAUGUACUUUGGUACAGGAAUGUGAUGGACUAAGGUUCAGCAUAGCAGAUUAUCUUUUUAGUAUUCAAUUCAAUUAAUGACUCCUAUAUUUUGAGAAGUGUUACACUGGAACCUAUGAAGAAAACAAGAACCUGGGACUCUUGCAUUCAACUCCAGAAAUAAAAUUUGCACCCGAUAUUGGAUUUUACCACUAAGUUGGUACAAAUGAUGAGCUAAGUAUCUGUGAGAGACAACUUUACUGUGGAACACUGUGUCCAAAACCCCUUUUAACUUAUUUUUUUUCACCUGAGAAACUAGAUAUUAAUUUUUAUCAAACACUGUUGCAAAUCUGUUCUGAUUAUGAUCUUUAUAAAGGUUUUGAACCAAAUUGGUUGAAAUUAGCUGAACUUAAAAAAAAAUGUAAAUCAAAAACAUUUAUUGGUCUGUGUCCUACAUCCAGAUGUAGAAAUUUUGUUUGUCAAGUGCAUUGUUUAAAAACUUGUUUGAAAUUUUGUACAUAGUUUUGCUGUUAUUUCUAGCCACUGUGCUAAACAGUAUUUAUGAGUUGCCACGCAAUGUUACUUUAAAUAACACAUUGUGUGGCUUUUGUUUUGUAUUUUUUCAGUAUAUAGUUCUUGUCUUAUUUAAAGUAAAGUUAUAGCAAAGAGCAUGAAUAAAAACUGACAAUUUUCUAAUAA